AUGCAAGCUGAAGCCUCAGUUCCACUACGGCCCCCUCCAGGAUUGGAAGAAGAGCCGGAUGACAACGAAUCGGAUCAUGAAAGGACGAAUGCAGGUCCGCCGCCGACUUUUGAUGGCACCACGGACUUCAAGGAUUACAAGAUCAGAGCUCGACUAUGGUUAUCCACAACCAAGUCCAAGCCCAGGACACGUGGACCUUUGCUCCUCAAGAAUCUCUCCGGGUCCGCCUUCGACAACUUCCAGUGGCUCGCCAAUGAUGAUAGCUGGCUCAACGCCUCCGACAACGGAGAAACCUUGCUGGCUAAGAUGAACACUCGUGAAUACUAUGGCGAGGACUCCAGAGAAGACAUGCUCAACUGCUUGGGUCGGUUGACCUACCAGUUGGAGAGAUCCAAGGGGGAGAACCAGAGGGACUUCUGCGCCCGCUUCGAGAUCGCAGUUCGAAAGGUCCGUGACCAUGGAGUUCAGCUUCCACCCGAAUACCUCGGUUUCCUCUUCAUCAUGUCCCUUCAGCUGAACAUGGAGGAGGUGAAACUUCUCAUGAACUAUACAAAAGGGAGCUUGCAUGUGACCGACGUCCAAGAGUGGCUGCGUGUGCACGAAACGGAGCUUGACUCCGGACUUAGCUCCAAGGAUCCCAGCAAGACCAAUGACAAGAAAGCCGUCUUCCUGACCGAGGUCGCUGAGGGCUCCGAGUACCAGGAGGCUGAAGAAAAUGACGGCGAGAACUCCGACUAUGAGAUUCUCCUGGCAGCCGCUGACGAGCUCGGGGUGGAUGAACCGCCUGAGGAGUUCGAGGAGGCUGACGCCAGAGAGAUUCUGGCGAGCCACAUCCCGGACUGCUCCAAUGCAGACUCCAGGAAACAAGAGGAGAUGAUCAUGAUCCGCCGCUGGCGCCGCAUCAUGUUGCGCGCCUUUGUGAUGAUCCAGCAGGCAUUGAUCCACACUCUGACCUUCCGGAUGAACAUGCCAGGAUUCCAGGGGCAGCGAGCUCGCCAAAUGUCCCAAGAUCUCGAUCUCCUGGCCGACGAGGAGCUGGACUACCUGCAAGAUCAAAUCCUCGACCAGACCCAGCGCAGAAUGUCAGACACCGACAGCUGGUCAAUGGCGUCCUUGAGUCAGAAGGCCCAGGAGUAUCCGAGCUCCAUGGUCAACACGAUUCUCAAGGCCUAUGCCAGGUCGUGCAACCUUCGGCCACAUGAACUCCAUCAAGUACAAGCCUACGAGCUGAUCCAUGAGGACUACCAGGUCAAUGGAAACUACUUUGAAGAACUAGAACCAAAUGAGAUUUUUGCUGAACAAGAUGACAUACCAGUUCAAGCGGUCUAUGGUGCUCUUCAGAAUCAGUUCACGGAGAGUGCUAAGACUGUGGAGUACUGCCUGACCUUCCGUUUGCGAGACCAAUCACUCAUCAAGCUGGACAAGAUUAGUGAGCUGGCCGAUGAACAACUUGAACAAGAGCUGCCUGAACCCAAGCAGGACACCGUCAUCGAUGUCGAGUCCGACCCGGAAGAACCAAUUGAAGAACCACCUGACAAAAGACAAAGGCUUGAGUUCAUCGAGAUGCUCUACACGGCAAUUUCACAAUCAGUGGCCCAGAGAAAGAGAAAGGAGUUCCGAGCAACAGACUUUGAAGGUGGCACUUGCCGCUUGGAAGAGUUAUCGCUUGAAGCGGAAAGUCGUUAG